AUGAAUCGUGGCAGUAGAAACCGCAAUUCGAAAAUCUACACUGUUGAAAAACUGCUGGAGAAACGAGUCAGAAUGAACCGAGUUGAAUAUCUGGUAAAAUGGAAGAAUUGGAAUGACAAACAUAAUACGUGGGAACCAGAAAAGAAUAUUCUCGACAAAAGCCUUAUCGAGUCAUUCUUGAGAUCAGAAUCACGAAAGCGGAAAUUUAUCUCAUCUGCUAACUCCAGUCGUCCUCAAAGUCCUUCCAGUGAGUUGAAAAGGAAUAAAAACACGACAGAAGAAGCGUUAUCCAAUCCGCCGUUGAAUGAACCUUUAACGGUUAACGUUUCUGCAACAAAAAACGUCCUGCCAUCAGUUCAUUCCGGCUCUAGCUCAGUGGGAGCUGCUACGAAUUCCUCCUUGUGUUCUCCUCAAGGAUCCAACUUGGAAAGCGCCCCCUCCUUCAGCGCUACAAACAACGAUGUAUCCGAAUGGAAAGUAGAUACCCGAUUGCGUCCAACAACCCUUCUCGUUACCGCGGCGUCAGAGUCUGCAGCCAACACUAGAAUGGCCGCAAAAUCGCCUUCUGUAUCUACUCAAUCCCAAACUACGCCCUUAGAACAGCCUCGAAUUCGAUUAAAAAUUCCCCGCGAAAGGAUCAUCUCCACCCAAUCCAGUUCUUCGGACUCCUCUUCAGAAGAUGAGUCAACGUUGGAUGAUAUUGAGCUUCCCCGUCGAGCAAUCGACCACGCAGAGUAUGCUUACGUUCCAAAGAACCUGGACGUACCAAUCAUUAAGCCAUACUCUCCUCCUUCAGUGGGUAUUAAGCCUCCAAAACGCUCCGGAAAUCGAUCCAAAAGGAAGGAGAGGCGCUAUUCGACGUCAGUUUUGCCUUCCACUAAUGGUGCUCCUGAUGGGCCAAGAAGACUAGCUCCCCUUCGAAUUCACCUCUCCAAAAACGGAACCUUCUUGGCCAGCUCUGUGUCGCCAUCUUCAACUACGUCUUCCUCGUCAAAUGUCAUUAUUCCACCUCCACCUCUAGAACGUGAUAUAUCGAUUACCGAUGUGACAAUUGGAGGAUUGACAGUGACAAUCAAGGAAUGCUCUACUCCGAAGAACUUUUUUGGAAUUCCUACUUCUCAAGUGGUUGUUGUACCCAACCCAAGACCUCCUCUAGUUCCUAAGGCGAUAAUUGUAGAGGAAAAGAUUCCAGAAGUUGUUGAGACCCCUAAAAUGCCCCCCACUGGUGAUAAAACUGCUCAGGUAGAUGAGAAUAAUGAACCUAAAGAAAGGGCAGAGGCUACAUCUCCUGAAACUUCUCAAGAAAAACCUACCCCACCCAUACAACAGAUACCAGCGAUUCACUCAAGCUCGAUCCCCAAACCGGUCUCCAAGAAACUCGGUCGACGGGGUGGAUCGUCGAGAAAAUCAGCAAAUCCGGUAAAAAAGGUGGUCCAAAUUGACCCCCUACCAACUUGUGGCAGUGCAGACAAUGUCUAUGCCUUCCAUGAAGAAGAUUCUCCCCCGUCGACGGGUAUUCCUUUUCCAAAUCCACCUCAAACCCUUCCUCCUCCUCCUCCUCCACCACCACCACCGCCUGUUAGUCGCGUCACUCCUCCCUCUCAUCCUCCUCUCCCUCCACCUGUUAAUCCCACUUCGGAAAGCAUCCAUUCAUCUCCACCUCCCAUCAUUCAAAUGAACCCUCCUAAUCCCACUACCAUUCCACUAGCUUCCAUUUUUACACCCUGGGAGUCGUACCUCAAGACCGCUGGGCUCUUUCCUCCGCCAGAUUUCUUAUCCUCACCUCCACCUCUCACUUCACCGGGAUUACUUUUCUCGCCGGGACACUUUUUGCAUCCCCCCGCUCAAUUUCCUGGUUGCAGCACCACCAGCAGCUCCCAUCCAGUGUCACCCUUCUUCCAUCAUAUCACGACUCCUCCUGCUCCAUCGAACCUAUUACCCGCAGUGAUAACAACGAUGGGUGGUGCAUCAGUGACGAUGCCGAUGAUGGAUGAGUCACAGCCCAUCGAUCUGUCGAAAACUGGUCCAAAACAAUGA